CAGAAUCACAGAAUCACAGAACGACUGGGUUGGAAGAGACCUUCACGAUCAUCGAGUCCAACCCAGCCCUGACACCUCAACUAAACCAUGGCACCGAGUGCCACAUCCAGUCUUUGUUUAAACACAUCCAGGGAUGGCGACUCCACCACCUCCCUGGGCAGAUCACUCCAGGACUUUAUUAUUCUCUCUGUGAAAAUCUUUUUUCUGAUAUCCAACUUAUAUUUCCCUUGACACCACUCGAGACUGUGUCCACUCGUUCUGUUGUAGCCUGGAUCCCAAAGGCCUCCACAACCUGAGCAGGGACAACUCACAGACGUGUCUGGGCACCCCAAAACCUUGGGAUGAACAACUUUUGCUGGCAUUGCGAGUCGGUGGCACUCGGGAGACACCCCGAGAGCGGCUGCUCCUUGUGCCCAAGCUGUUUGCCAGCCCGUAAAAGGCAGCUAAUGACAGGGGUGACGGCUGGGGCAGCGCUCACCAUGCCUGCGAUUGUUCUGGGUAAGCAAAGCGAGGGAUUAGGGCCAGAUCAGGCUUUAUUGGGGCUCUGAGUGCGGCUGCAGCACCGUGUCUGUCACGUAAUGAUGGCCACGGCCGGCCCUGUCAGCGCCUCUCUCGUGUCCACUCAUCCCCAGCCCGCUGUCCACAAUGGGGGGAUGACAGAAUUUUCCUGCGUCCCUUCGCUUCACGAGGCUUGGCAGCGCGGGGAGUUCCUCAUUACUGGGGGGUCUGUCCGCAGCCCCUGGACAAUGCCCCGGGCUCUCGGGGCUGUAUAAAAGAGCCGAGCUCCUCCACAGAGCUCCAUCCACACUCCUGCACUUGACUCCUCUCCUCACCAGGGUAAGCGCAGCUCUCUGAGGCCUCUCGGGGAUCCCUCCGUUCCUCUCUGCACACAACUCCCGGCUCACAGCUCUGCCUCUUCUUCCCCGCCGUGUUUUGCAGAAGCCUUGAACAGUCCGAACGAUGUCCUGCUGUGUCCCCAGCUGCGGCGUGGCCACCCCGGCCCCUCUGGCUGACACCUGCAACGAGCCCUGCGUGCGCCAGUGCCCCGACUCCACGGUGGUCAUCCAGCCUCCGGCCUCGGUGGUCACCUUCCCCGGGCCCAUCCUCAGCUCCUUCCCGCAGCAGAGCGCCGUGGGCUCGGCGGGAGCUCCCUACGUCGGGGGAGGCUUCGGGGGCUCCGCCGGGAGCCGUGGGGGCUCCGGGGGUUCUGGGGGCUCCGGGGGCUUUGGGGGCAUGGGGGGCUUCGGAGGUUUUGGGGGCAGCUGCGGCGGCUCCCGAAGCUGCGGGCCCUGCUAAGGCCCGGCCCGAGCGCGGCCCCGGCCCCGGCGGAGCUCCAGGAGCGGCCCCGGCGCAUCCCCGCCCGCUGCGGCCCGGGCCCCGCGGGGAGCCCUCGCCGGGGGCCCCGCGCUGCUGCCCCGCGCCCGCUGCCCUCGCACGCCAAUAAAAGCUGCCUCGCCUUGCAAUGUUCACCCGCCUCUCGUUCUCUCUUUGCUCCGCGCCCGCCGCCCCGGGCCCGGCGCCGCUCCCGCCGCGCCUCCGGGCGGCCCCGCUCGCUGCGGGCGCGGCACAAGCGCCGCCACUGCCGGGGCUCUUCCUGCCCGCGCUGGGCCAGCGCAGCUCCCCCCGAGCCGGGCCCUGCUCCGCUCCUCGGCCCGGCCUCUGCCCCUGUCCCUGCCCGCCUCUGCCCGCCCCGGGCUCCCGCUCUGCAGCCCCGGCACCGCCCCGGGCCCGCUGCCGCCUCCCUUCCCGCUCCGGGCAUUCCCCGGGCGCUGCCGCAGCCCCGGGGCCCGGAGGAUUGGGGGGAGCCGCUGCAGCCCCCCCGGACCCGGCCCCGCUGCCGCCUCUCGGCCCUCCCGGCCCCGCAGGGAGAGCGAGAGCAGCCCCAGCCCGCGGCCGCUGCUGCGCCUCCAUCCCCGCACACCUUCCUGCCCCCGGA